CGUUGGGAGCAACUGGGAGUCUCUAGGCGAUUGCGUGGGCCAUUUCGGAGUUGGUGGCGCGCAGCCCAGGGCCAGGCCUGGAGAAGGCCCAGGGGGAGGGCAGGAGAGGAUAAGGAGCAGCCGCCUCUGGGUGCGGCCGGCUCUGGCCUCGCAUCCCCGACCCGGGGGCCAGAGGACGUCCGUGGUUGGGAAAGGGCCCGUCUCAGCGGCUCGUCCAGUCACGAGACCCGCACGCCCGAUCCGGAAAAGGCCUCUAGGACUGGGCCUCCAGCGUCCCCGAGAGAGGGGCAUAGCAUCCCCUCCGUUUCCAGACGUUUCCCUACUCCUUUCCCUCAAAAGGCACCUCCGGCUGCUUGGGGUAUGCUGGUUGCCACCACAUGUGUUGGAAGCUGGCUUCUGAGAUGCAAAACGGGAAGUAACGAGCAUAAUCCCCUAUCCAUUUUAAUUUGCCAUCUGGGGAAAAGGGGUACAAACUAUCCCUUUCGCCCUUGAAAUAAAGUGCAGCUGCCAUUGAAAUGUGGUAGUGAGUCCCCAGGGGACUGGAUUUGGCUUUUAGAAUGGCUGGAACUGUUGUUUUCUAAAGGGUUUAUGAGCUCCCUGAAAUUAGAAAAUUUUGUGAAUAUGUAUGUUUUUUCAGUUGGUGUUGGUAUUAGGAGACCUGCACAUCCCACACCGGUGCAACAGUUUGCCGGCCAAAUUCAAAAAACUGCUGGUGCCAGGAAAGAUUCAGCACAUUCUCUGUACUGGAAACCUUUGCACCAAAGAGAGUUAUGACUAUCUCAAGACGCUGGCCGGUGAUGUUCAUAUUGUGAGAGGAGACUUCGAUGAGAAUCUGAAUUAUCCAGAACAGAAAGUUGUGACUGUUGGGCAGUUCAAAAUUGGUUUGAUCCAUGGGCAUCAAGUUAUUCCCUGGGGAGAUAUGGCCAGCUUAGCCCUAUUGCAGAGGCAGUUUGAUGUGGACAUUCUUAUCUCGGGACACACACACAAAUUUGAAGCAUUUGAGCAUGAGAAUAAAUUCUACAUUAACCCAGGUUCUGCCACUGGAGCAUAUAAUGCCUUGGAAACAAACAUUAUUCCUUCAUUUGUGUUGAUGGACAUCCAGGCUUCUACAGUUGUCACUUAUGUGUAUCAGCUAAUUGGAGAUGAUGUGAAAGUAGAACGAAUUGAAUACAAAAAAUCUUAAAAAGCCAGGCCUGUCUUGCUGGGUUUUUUUUUUUCAUUCCCCUGUUCAAAUCAAGUAAUUAAACAUAUGAGCCACAAAAUUGUAUCACUUUUGUAAUAUUUUGCAGUAAAAUAUAUCAUCUUCUGUUAAUACAAUGUUCUAAGCUUCUUGUAAACUAUAAGAAUAUAUUCUGUUUCCAUAUUUGAUUUCUAUGAAAAAAUGUCCAUCAUACAGUAAAUGGUCAUGCGUUAAGAAAAAUUUAUCCUUGUAAAUAUCUUCAAAGUUGAUUAUCUGGAACUUUAUUACAAAAGUAGUGCAUGAGGAAAAUGAAUCUAGAUUUUCUUGUAUACGUUUUUCUCUCCAGUAAUAAACAGUUACCUUUCAUUUGUA